UUUUACUUACUGGCACUGUAACAACUGCAUCUCAAAUAUCAAAAUAUUAAUCGAAUUAAUCCAUUUUUUUAUAAAAAUAAAAAUUUAGUUUUUGAUCUCAAUGACUGUGAUUCUGUGAUGUAAUAGUUGAUUUGAUUUAGACGGCUAAUACUAUUUCUAGUACUUCUUAACCUUAUUGUGCUAUAAAUUAUAGCCAUUCGUUAUUUCAGUUUUAAUACUUAGUUUACAAAAUAUCACAAUUAUUGUGUCUAUAAUUUUGUUGGAAUAUCGAUGUAAUAAAUAUAUUAUUCUGUUCAAAUACAAGUGGACAAUUUGUUACUUUGUGAAAAAGCACUGAUAUUAUGGAUUGAGACUAACAGAUCCUAAGGACGCAAUAUAUAAAAGAACCAAGACGUUUUGUUAUAAUGGCAAAGGCAACAGUCGUGUUAAGUUUUCAUGAAAUACUCCUUCAUCAAUCGGAUAUUGACCUUCUUGAUGGGCCAUAUUGGCUAAACGAUACUAUUAUAUCAUUUUAUUUUGAAUAUCUCGAACGAGCGUUAUUUAGUACUGCAAGUGAAUUUUUGUUUGUAUCACCAGAAGUUACACAAUGUAUUAAAAUGGUACAAACAGAGGACAUAAAAAUAUUUUUAGAUCCACUUCAUAUAAAUGAAAAGAAGUUUGUAUUUUUUGCACUCAAUGAUAAUAACUCACCUGACAGAGCAGGUGGAUCACAUUGGAGUCUGCUAGUAUAUUCUAGGCCAGAAUGUUGUUUCUUCCACCUUGACUCUUCGUCAGGGAGCAACCAUAAUGUGGCUUGGGAGUUUGCUAGUCACUUAAUUACAUAUUUAUCAAAUGGAUCCAUCAACUUUGUUGACAAAGAAUGUGUUCAACAAAGUAAUGGGUAUGAUUGUGGAGUUCAUGUAAUCAGCAACACAGAGAGUCUUGCUGAGUAUGCUCAUAAACAUGGACAAAUACGCUCAUGUGAAGUGCUAGUCAAAGUUAGUCCUAUUGUAAAAAGAAGACAUAUACUGUCUGUGAUAAAAUCACUUGCAAAUACUAAAUGAAAUCAGAAUCAUACUAUAGCAUAAUGAUUUACAUUUGUUUGUUAUACUACUAAUUUAAUUAAUCCUUUUACAACAAUGUAUAGAUACUAAACACUUGUUAAUACAUUUGCACUAUUUACUAUAAGACCCUUGCAAAUUUAAUGAUUGCUUUAUGUUCACCUAUAUCUAUAUACAGAAUAAAAAGAUAGCUUCACAUACAUACUUGAUUAUUGAUCAGAAAGUUUUACUGUGCGGACUUGGAUCAUGGUCAGGCUGAAGUCAUGUUACAGAACAAGCUUUUAAAUUAGGUCAUGUAGUAAAAGGUGUUUGUCACAAACAAACAUUUCAGAUUACAGUAUCAUAAUUUGUAGAUAUUUUUAUGGUUUAUAGAAAUUAUGUUCUUUUUAUUUGUAUGUUAAGGGUAUCUAACAUAUGUACAUACCAUUACAUAUUUACUCUAGUCAAUAU